AUGGGGAAUCAGGGCAUCAUGGGCGUCCAUGGAAAUGGAUAUGCCAACGGUCUGAAACUAAAAGAGUCCAAGAGACAUUCAGAAAAUGCUUCACCAAAAAAAUUGGUCAAAAUCAAGGGCGUUUCACGCACAUUUGAGGUGCCCUGCGACCAGAAAAGCCCGUUAUCUGUGCGUAAUGUAUACUCGCCUAUAGGCUAUGGGAUUAGGAGGAAGCAGCGUGCGCUUGAGGAGCAGCGAAAAUCACGGACACAGGAGAUCCUAGAGCAAUGUAGUAACUUGUUUGAUUCCAGCGAAGACAAUUUAAACCAUCCGAUCAAAAAAAGCAACAGGAGCGUUUCCAAGACGUCCUCCGAAGAUAGACAUUCAGACGAGAUAUCUUAUGGUCGCCAUAGCGAGAAUUGCUCUGCGGUGGCGGCCUUUGUGAUGUCGGUGCAUCCUUCGUUUCCCGCCGCAAAUCGCCCCACGAUCUCUCUGAAAGUUCGUCAGUCUUUGGUAGAGUUGUUCGGUGGUACUGAUUUGUGCUUUCUUUCCAAUGAUAGCGAGGACUCUUUAGUUUGCACUGCGGUGUUGCAAUUGACAAAAAUUUCCGAUGUGUAUGAAGGUAGUAUUGUCAUUUAUAAGGGUUACGACCGGUCUGUAGUUCAUAGUUAUGUACCCCUUGCUUCAGUGCGCUCCAUAACAAGAGGAUUGGAGCCUCAGGACCGGGAACUAUAUAAUAAAUCAAAUGGAAUCCUAAGGUGCAAAACAUACUGUAAUGAGGUAUUCGAGGUGGAGCUUAAACGAAGCUUUACGUUGUACUAUUAUUUCCCCACAAACUUUUAUGCAAGUUUCGUCGCAUUCUCUGACGACGACCUAGGGAAGUGGAUGGAUGUGAUAAACUUUUUCAUGCGUAUUAAUAAGGCUUUUCGUGAUUUCAUGAGCUGA